GAAUCGGGCUUCUAUGUUUUUCGUCUGGGCUUUCGGUGAACAACAGAUUCCUUACGAAAUCGAAGAAAAAUAGCGACGCUUAUUGUCGGUGACACGUAGAUAGGAAGGUCAACAAAUCUCUCUUCCCUUCCCUCUCUUGCCACGUCAUCUUCUUUAAAUUCUCAGAUCUGCGACGAUGGCUUCCACGUCACCACCAAUCCUCCCAGUCACCUCCUCCGUCGAGUCUCAACCACCUCUCCGCGCCUUCAUCAACCAAAUCUCCGAAACCGUCACAACCGCUCUCUCCACCCGUCGUCCCUGGUCCAAACCGGACUCGAUCUCCUCCGCCGCCGCGCGCAUCCGCAAGAACUACGCCUACUUCAAGGUGAACUACCUCGCAGUCGCGACGGCUAUCGUCGGAUUCUAUUUGGUGACUCACCCCUUUCUCCCUCGCCUUCCUCCUCUGUCUCCUCGCGUCUUGGCUCUUCCUUGUUUAGCAUCUUUGUGGUGUUUCUUACUGAUGUUGGAUCUGUUCUUGUCUCGGCUGUGAUGGUGGGUGUCGCGUUGGUAUGUGCUCACGGAAGAUUUGUUCUUGGAUGAGCAAGAGACCGCAGCUACUGGCUUCCUCUCUUUCCUCGGUAACUCCGCCGCUUCUAAGCGACUCAGAUCUACCGCCCGGGGGUAUAUAAUCUUGUUUUUGUUUUCUUCUUUUGAAACAUCUUUGCAUGUAAUUACGUUGGUUCAAUAUAUGAAGUAGUUUGUGUUUUACAACUUUUUUUGUCUAAUCUUUAGCUUCUUCAACCUUUAUGAUCUGUAACCGUCUAAUUGUGUUGGAAGAGUUGGAUCUGUUUUCAAGAUUUGACCUUUGUUUCUUGGA